GCUGAUUGCCGACCGAUCGACUUGUACUGGUAGUCUCUCCGCACUGAACUAUUCCUCAUUUCAGACAUGGCACUAAAUAGAAGACAAUUCUCCAGAUUUUCCUCCGGUGGUGCUCGUAUGUGUGGUGCCUCUGAAAGAUUGCAAAGAUCUGUGGCAUCGUUAUCAUAUGGUGUUGGUGGUUUAACUUCUCCCGGUGGUUUUGAAAGUGGUGCACUUGGUGCAGGUUUUGGUUUAGGAAGUGGUGUUGGUGGUUCAAUUGCUGUCAGUGCCAUGGGAGCUGGUGGAGGUUUUGGUAUUGGAGGUUAUGAUGGUGGAAGAUUAAUUGCUGCCAGUACUCCGGGAUAUGGUGGGUAUGGACUUUAUGGAGGUUAUGGUUGUUCAGUUUCUGCUCCUGGUGUUGGUUUUGAGUUAAGCGGUAGCGGCAGUGCUGCCCCAUUUAUGGUAAAUGAAAAGCAGCAGAUGCAGAGCCUGAACGACAGACUGGCUGCCUAUCUCGAUAAGGUGCGCACCCUUGAAGCAACCAACAAGGACCUGGAGAACAAGCUCAAGAAUUUCCGCACGAGCAAAGUGGUCAGCAGGGAUUUCACUUCGUACCAGAACCAGCUGCAGCCCCUCCGUGACCAGAUAAUUGCUGCCAUCAUUCAGAAUUCUCGCCUGGCUCUGAAGAUUGGUAAUGCCCAGCUGGCUGCUGAUGACUUCAGAAAAAAAUAUGAGAUCGAAUGCAUCUUUCGCCAGGCAAUGGAGGCUGACAUCCUUAAUCUGAAGAGUCUGAAGCAAGAAUACGAUUCCCACCAGACCAGCAACAAUCAGGAAGUUGAAGCCCUGAAAAAAGAGAUUGAAGAAAUGACGAAACAGCAUGGACAGAGUGUGAGUAUUCUGAAAGAAGAGAUGUCCGGCACCGUGAGUGUGGGCAUCACCACCACUGAAAGCCCAGAUCUGAAACAGAUUUUAGAUGACUUACGUGCAGAGUAUGAAGAUAUUGUUCGUAGAAACAAGGAGGAUCUUGAGAUGUGGUUCAACAAGCAGGUGGAAACCAAACAAGCUGCGGCCAUCCAGGAAACAGACGUCAGUGAAAAAACAAAGAUAGAAGUGACGGAGCUUCGCCAUCAGAACCAGAGCCUACAGAUAGAAAUGGAUGCUCUGCUGGUCUCUAAAGGUUCCUUAGAGGAUAACCUGGCAGUAGUGAAUGACCACUAUCAGAUGGAGCUUCACCGUUACGCUGCCUUGGUGGGUACCAUGGAGGGGGAGUUGAUGAGCAUCCGGAACAGCAUAACCUCCCAGUCUGAGGACUACAGGAACCUUCUGAACGUCAAAGAGAAACUGGAGAAAGAGAUUGCCACGUACAAGCAGCUGCUGGAAGGAGUGGACCAGGGUGCUGGCGGAGUCUCAUCUGAAAUUUCCAGGGACUCAAAGGCUGAUGCUUCACUGAAUAUGGUAAUAGAAAGGUAAUAUACAUAUUAUUAAAAAUCUGUUGUCUCUAUACUUUGUCAUUAAUUUUAGAAGUUCCAGGUGACAGGGUUAGCCCGUCCUUUAUUGUAAGUUGGAUUUUUGGAAUCAUCUUCAUCAUUAGAACUUUAAAGCAUAGACAUGUUGUCUCCUUGUUCUGUUUGCAUGUUUGCUUUCACCUCCAGUUAAUGUUCACUCCUACACCAUGACCCCUCAGGUGUCCACAUUUUCACCUGGUGCCCGUAAAACACAUGACAGACUAAAACGGCUAAACUACUACCCACUGCCCACACAGCACACAUCACCCGUCCACAUUUAUAUGACACACAAGAAUCUGUUCAGAUCCAGUUGGCGUGCUGCCAACUUGGCACACAUUACCCUUCUGUAGAUGCCAAUUAAAACAGACUACCUUGAAUUAGCUAAAUAUCUCUCCAGUCCUUAAAACUACAGGAUUCCCCUGAGAUGGCCAAA